AUGAUUUCUCAACAUACUCUUCCUUAUAAACUUAAAUCUGGAGAGGAAAAAAAGGAUAGAGAAGCUAUUGUUAAGAGAAUGGUUGAAUGUUGGUUAGACAAGAAAGUCAAAAAUGAGUCAAGAGAAUAUUUAGAGGAGUUGAUCAAAAUAUACGAAAUCACAACAGAAGAGGACUCUAAAUGGGCUAAAUAUAAAAUUCUCAGAGCCCCUCUCAUAAUUGAACCAAAAAUAGAGUCAUCACGAAAAGUAAAUGGAUAAAUUUUCUAAAUCUUAAAAAAAAAAGAUAUUUGA